AUGGUGUUUGCUUGGCUAAGCAACUCUUUGUCGAAGGACAUAGCAGAAACUGUUCUUCGUUGUGAGACUGCUAGGGACAUAUGGUCUGAUCUCGAGGAAAGAUAUGGCCAGUCCAAUGCUAAUCGAUAUUAUCAAAUCCAAAGGGAAAUUGCUGGUAUUUCUCAGGGGUCCUCAGAUAUUGCAACCUAUUAUACUAGGAGCAAUAUACUCAUGAUAUCUCCAGUUCCUACUCUAGGAAAAGCAUACUCUAUGUUGCUUCAUGAUGAAAACCAGAGAGAAAUUCAAUCCUCUCCUCCAUCCUUUAUAAUCGACCACACAUCAUUUACUGUCAAAGAGAAUAAUUUUCCACCAACUUCUGUUGCCUCUCCUAGUCCAUCUACUUCUCAUACAUCUCAUAACAGUAUGAAAUCCUAUAAUGAAAGAACUAAUUUUGACAACAAGAAGCCCAUUGGAGUCUGCAAGUAUUGCAAGAAACCUGGGCAUUCUGUUGAUCAAUAUUAUCGACUUCAUGGUUUUCCACCUGAUUUCAAGUUCACCAAGAACAAAAAAUCAGCUUCUUGUGCUAAAGUUGAUAAUUCCAGCUUGGAGUCUUCCAGGACCCCAGACUCUCUUCAUGGGUUCACUCCUGAAUAA